UUAGAUAGUAAAUAUUACUAUAAAAAUAAAUCUGGUUAGUAUUAGUUGAAGCAAUUGAAGACAACUUUUUGGGCAAAGAAUGACCGAAACAAAUUAUGCUGCCUCUUAGUUAGUCUUAGAAGAAGCAAAACAAGGAAGCGAAACAAGGAAGUGUGGCGCAGUUUAAAUACACAGAGUUGCAUAAUGUGAAACAAUUAAUGACAAAGUGAUACUAAAUGCUUAGGAUUCCGGAAAUUCUUUACGGAUUAUAAUGCACACUGUCAUGUCUAAACACGUUCAUUAGGAAAUGUAGAUAAAAAUAUCCAAAUACUUAGAAAGCAAUCUGUUAUAUAGUUUCCAUUGUUAAGUUCUGACCACACUCACACGCUCCUUGUUGAUCAAGUUAGUCAACAAGUCGAAUAUAGCUACACUUCUUGCAAAGACCUUGCACUGUCAUCAGGUCGCAGACCUGUCGCAGGUCUUCUUACUCAAUACCAUGAACGAAAGAGACGAGUCAUUGCUUACCAAUGACCUAGACCAGGGUAACUUACAAGUUCGAUCACUUUCGUAUAUUGCUGGUAAGAGUGAAGUCCAAAAUGCCAUUGCUUUGAUAAAUGAAAAAAGUAAUGAAGUCGUGUCCCUUCAUGGCGGACCUGGAUUCGAGAAAAGUGCGAUUGCAAUCGAAGUGACGGAACAGCUUAAAGAAAACCGUGAAAUUCUUGUUAUUUUCUCUGAUUUAACCACUGCAAAGAAUGUUGAUGAAAUGAUCCAGAGAUUCUGUAAUGAUAUUGGCGAAAAACCCGAACUUUAUCAUCAACACGAUGACCAAAAGUCACCGUUGGUCCUUUGGUUGGAAAGUGUCAAGGCUAAAGUCAUUUUUGUCAUGGAUGGUAUUGACAACCUGCUGGAAGAAAACAAUCGCCCUGAUUUCCACGACAUCCUGCAUUCGUUAGCAAAGGCUGGAAAUUGUCAAAUAAUUACAACAUCAAGUUUGGCAUAUCAAAUUCCUGAUAUCUCGAUUGAACAAAUCCAUGUCAAGGAGAUGGACGAUGAUGCAUGCAUAGAACUUUUGAGAAAACAAUGGCCUGAAAAUGACGAUGAAUUUUUGCAAAGAUUAGCCUCACGGUGUGGCAAUAUUCCUCUUGCUAUGUCUAUUGCCGCAUCUCAGAUUGACGACUUUGAGGAUCCUUAUGAAUUCUUACAUUACUUAGAAGAAUCUCCAUACAAUACUUUGGAACGCCCUGAAAGCAAGCUAUUCGUAUAUAGAACCAUAAAUUCGUCUUUUGCCAGGCUAGAUGAAGAACAAAAGGAGGUUAUUGUUCGUUUGGCGACAGUUGAAGGAAGUUUCAACGAAGAAGCCGCUCACGUCAUAAUUGAAAAAGAAAAGCGAAAAACAUGCAAUAUCCUACAGAAUCUAGUUGGGCGAAACUUGAUAAAAAGACAAUCCAAUUAUCGAUACUCCAUUCAUCUACUGAUAAAGUUGUUUUUAAAGGAUUACCAAACAGGCAAUCAUGAAUCGGCAGAAAAUGCGGUUGCUCAAGCUAUGCGUGCAGAAUAUUUGAUGGUAGAAUAUUACCUGAAGUUGGGACACGACUUAACUAUAAAGAGUUAUUCCAAAGACGGUUACAAGCCAAACAGAGAAGCCUUGAAACAAGACGCCCACAACAUCCAGAAUGUGCUCAAAAUUUGUUGCAAGCAAGAUGAUCCGGCAAACUCCGACAUCCCUGAAUGCCUUGCGAAAAGUAAAAUUUAUACCACCUCGGCCGGAUUCUUUUCGCUCUUCGUCAGAACAAUCAUUCCAGCAAAUUUCGUCGACGAGUUUCUACGACGUUGCGCGCAACUUGCCAGGGAGAGGACGCAACAUGCACUCGAAAUCAAGUUUGAAUGUUUGCUAGUAGACCAAGAACGUAGCAAAACAAUUGAGGAAUCUGACGAAAUGUAUAUUUUGAAGAUGGAAGAAAUUAUAAAAGAUUUCGACGUGUACAGCGACGAAUGUACGAAAGACGUAUCUAUUCUUGUCUACUAUCAUUACCAGUACGGGAGAUAUCUUUCCAGGAAAGCCGAAAAUCUUAAACGUGAGGAACGUAAACCUUUACAGAUUCAAGCAAGAAAACAAUUCGAAAUUUCACUGAAAUUGAGGUGCAAACCGGAAAAGCCAACAGAAAUAGCAGACAAGAUUUUUAUAUUGCUAAAUCUUGGUAACAUUUGGAAGAAAAUGUUCCGAAUCCCCAAAAUAAAUCGUGAGAACGCGCUACGAGCAGCGCAAAAGUAUCACGAAGAAGCAUUUCAAAUGUCAAAAACUAUCCUGGGGAAUCAUGAACUUACAUCAACGUGCCUCAAAUAUUUUGGUGAUCUCUUUUUAACCACCAAGCAUUAUAAAUUAGCUGAAGAAAAAUUCACCUUGGCCAAAAACAUGAGAGAAUAUCUUGGACUGCAGGCUGGUGAAAGUUAUGCUUUUUUGCUAAGCAACCUUGGAAUAUGCUUGACAAAAGACGGGAGGCCAGAAGAAGCUCUGGAUUUCCUAGGGAAAGCCCGUGAAUUGACAGAGGAUCUUGCUGGAAUCGAUAAGUUAAAUUACUGCAAAGCAAAAGUGUACGCAAACUUAGCUCUUACUUACCAUUCGAUAGAGGAAUUUUCCAAGGAUGCCAUUAAAUAUGCUAAAAAAGCAAUGAAAUUUAAAAAUAUAAGCAAAGUUCUGGGGCAUGAUUACGAAAUGCUACAGAAAUUAUCAUCGCACGAUGCAGAAAACCACUGA